UUGAGUGGCAAUAAGAUAUCUUCAUAUUACACAUCUACGGUAUAAUGCAAAGUGAAGAGCUUAUAUCAGUGCAAAACACACCGUUCUAACAUUGAUGAUGUCUGUCAACGUGUUUUUCGUUAUACUGUGUCUCAUGAUAAGAACAGCAAAACUUGCACCCAAAAUGAACACAUCAGAAAUAAGUGAGAAAUUUAGAAAAAUAUUCAAAAAUUACGAUAAACGCAUCCUUCCAAGUCAUACAGGUGAACCUGUUAAUGUUUCGAUGCAGUUUUAUGUCGUCGAUAUGGUUCCUAUUAAAAGAUAUUAUAUGCAUAUGGAUGUCAAUUUGUUUGUUCGACAAUUCUGGAGAGAUCACAGACUUGAUCUUUCUUUAAAUCGUUCUGAAUGGAAAGCAUUUGGAAUCGAGGCCUUCAAAGAUAUCUGGGUGCCUGAAGUCUACUUCCCAGCUGCAAAGAAAGGCAAAUGGCAUGAUCUUAUGAAGCCAAACACUGCCUUACACAUUCAUCAUGGGGGAGAAAUAUUUCUAAGUCGUGGCGCCUCACAGACUAUUUAUUGUCCAAUGGACCUUCGAAAUUUUCCAUUCGAUCAACAAAGAUGCCAGAUGGAUAUCAGACUUUAUGCCUAUGACAACAAACACUGCACUCUGGAUUGGAACCUGGAACGUGGAGGGCCUAUCUUCGUUAACAAUGACCUUCAGGUGUCUGAAUUUUCAGUCAAGUCCAUAAUGAACUUCAUUUAA